AAGACCCAAUCUCUCACAUGAUAAAUGAUCAGUUAUCUCAGUACAUGUGUACGACAAGAAGCAAUGUACAUAGUACCGCGUUCUUGGCUUAAGUUGUUUCUCUAUUUCGCAUUUGCCUUGGCUGGAAUGUCAGUGCUGUGGCUUUUUAUCCAGGAUCCAGAAUCUCGGUCUGAUAUCUCUGAUAUGUCACGCUUAGGCAUGAGAUACGUGGCUGGAAAUAGAAUAUUGAAUAAUACAAAAGAUGAUUUAGACCAACACACUGUGACACAAGCGAUUAGUGCUGAAGACAACCCCGCUAAUAAAUUUGGCAACAAGUGGAUUAAGUUAGAUUCUAUCGGCGACAGGAACAUCAUCGAAAUUGAAAAUCAAAAUGGCAGAAAUGAUAAAUCGCAGACACCUUGGAAGAUUUUUACCAAUGGUAUAAAUCAAGACACAACAAAAAGGUUCUCACUUGAAAAGAAAAGAAACCCAUCACCAAAUACAAGCGGCGUACAUCCGAAGAAAACAUCAGUCGCUCACUUCCAACCCGCCACAAGAAAUGUCUACUCAUCGAAAUCACCGAAGCAAAGUUCGCUUUAUUUUGGCUCGCAUCGUGCCAAAGAAUAUGGCGAACGCGGGUGUCCUGAUAACCCAUGGCGUAGAGGAUUAUCAGAGCUUGUCCACGCGUGGACUAAUAUUUCUACACAGCAUAACAUUGAGUACGUGUUGGCGUGCGGGAGUCUUCUGGGAGCGAUGCGAGACAGUGACGUUAUACCUUACGAUUCGGACGUGGACAUUCUCAUUGACAUUAAUUAUUACCCGAUUUUAAAGAGGUUAGCAGUGGAACGGCGAUAUAUUGCAAGCUCAGAUGCAAGGAUUCACUUAGUUCUUCAACCAGAGUUUACGUUGAACAUUCCUGUAGAAACAAGAAAACGCUACGACUGCCAAGGAAAGGAGACACCAGGUCUUGUCGAUCAAUGUUCUUUUCAAGAGCCAAUGGGAAGACUUUUCAAAGGAAACCUUCACAUCGAUAUUUUCCAUUUCUACGAAAGAGUACACUAUGUAGAAGACCCAAGCGAAAGUACGCUUAAACAGUAUCAGAAAAAAGACUUCUAUCCAUUCAGACCUUGCAGUUUUAUGGGCUUCGAGGCGUCCUGUCCGAACAAGCCUUGGGAAAUUUUACGACUGUACUUGGAUACUGACAACUUUGAACCAAUUUACAAAUGCAAGAAUGGAACUUGGGUUGAUAAGAAUGGUCUAGCUGCUGAUGUGUUUUAAAUAUAGGAUUGGAAAUAUUAGGGAACAAUAAUAAUAAUAGUAUAAUCAAAUUCAGUUAUACAGCGCUAUUUAAGAUAAAAAAGAUCAGUAUAGCGCUUUACAACAGGUAUAAUAAUGAUAAUAAAUAUUUACAGGAAUAAGGUAAAAAUAUGUGCAAAUAUCUGCUAAAUUAAAAUGUAUGCAUAAUGCCAAAAAUAAUAGUAUAUAAAAUGUAAAAUGUAGGGUAAUCUAAAUAUAUAGUUCACUAAUAAAGCCGAAAAAUACACAUUAAACUAAACUUCGACUUCAAGAGAACGACAUCGUGAAAAGAGGAGUUUCCAAAGCCGUCUUCAGUGAAAGAUGAAAUGGAACUACUGUAUGGAAUACCAAGUGGGAAUGUAUUGCAUAGGUAUGACGCUGCCCACUGGAAAGAGCGACAACCAAGCGUAACUAGCAUCUUUCUGGGUCAGUGGAGGCUGUACUAAAAUUCCAUUACUUGACCUUAAGCUAUACAUAGAUCUUUUACUGUUAUCAAGUCCACGAUAUAAUGAGGCGCAAGGUCAUGAGUAGUCUUAAAUACUAAAAGUAAAAUCUUGAAAUGAAUGCGCGCGUGGACAGGCAGGCAGUGUGAUAAACUCAUACAAUGCAGGCGUAGUGUGGGAGUAUUUGCUUAAAUCAAGAAUUAGUUCGUAGUUUAGCGAUGUGUCCCUUGGAAAUGCCGUCCAGAAGGCUACUACAAUAAUCUAACCUACUGGUAACUAACAUUCGAGGCUAUAUAUUCCUGGAUGAAAAUUUCUUGAUUCUUCUGAUGUUAUGUAAGUAGAAAAACGAAGCUCUGCACAUACUAGGUAUGCGCAAUGAAAUUUGCAGGGUGUUAUCCAUCUAGCAGCCAAGAUUUUUCACGGUAGAGCUAGGGUUGAUUACAGAGCUGCCAACUGAAACAUUGACUGGCUGAAGUUUGGAAAGCUGUUGUCUAGUUCCUAUCAGUAUCAAGUCAGCCUUGUCAUCAUUUACUAACAGUUUAUUAUAGAUCACCCAGCGUUUGAUUUGCAUAAGGAAGGUUUAGUGGCCACCCGGGGUGGGGUACUCAUGGGUUAUAUAGGUAUGUGCGGCCCCAAAGGGUACGGUUUUUCAGCCGUUUUGGUCAUAAAUAUGGUAUGGUUUUGGCACACUCAAGUCUCAGUGAAUUGAAUAUGGAAAUGCUUUUUAGAAGCAGCUACUUUUUCAUCACAGUAUCGAUAAGCCCAUCACCAUAAAUUAUAGGGCAACUGUGCCAGACGCUAGGGUCAUAAAUAGGGUAUCGAAUUUUUGGACAGGUCAUGAAUAGG